AUGUUGCGGCCGGCGACCCCGAUGUCGCUGCUGCUCCUGGCAGCCUUCGCCCUCCUGCUGCUCUCUACUCUGUCAACCCCUAUUAUCAAGGCCAUCCCGCUGGGCAGCUUUCAGGGCGUCACUUUUGGAGUUUUUGGGGUUUGCAAGGCAGACAAGUCCUGCACUGGCAUCGAGAUUGGAUAUGACACUUCUGGGCUAUUCCAAAAAUCCGGCGCCUUUGACCUACCGGACUCGGCCCGAAACACCCUUUCCGCUAUUCUAAUCGUGCAUCCCAUCGCCGCUCUCACGACCCUGGUCAUGUUCAUAUUGGCCGCUGUUGCUCACCUUCACUCGCCUUCUCACUCGGCCAGGUACCUCCUUGUCGUCUUCAUCUUCUCUUUCGUCGACUUCCUCAUCUGCCUUCUGGCCUUCCUCGUCGAUGUCCUCCUCUUCGUCCCUCACAUGGCUUGGGGCUCUUACAUCGUCCUCGCUGCAACAAUUUUAGUUGGAAUGAGUGCCUUAGUCUCUUGUGCAAUGCGCCGCAUGCUGGUUAGCAGGAAGGCGCGAAAGAAGAGGAUUGCCGAGAACGCGGAAAUGAGUGGCGAGAACUACUACAACCGUGAAGCCCAAACCAAGACCGAUCCCUCUGUUGUCUCGCAACCAAGCGUUCCUGUUGUCAGCGGUGGAAAUGGCAUCGAGAAAAUGCCUACUUUCGCCUCUUUCGAGUCUCAGAAGAAGGACGACCAAGUCAGCGACGAGCGUAUUCCACUGACCGCGCGGAGCCCCACGAAUGCCUCCCAGGGCCCUAUGACUGCGACGGACCCGAGUGUGGGAGAAAUGGGUGUCUAUAACAACGCACCCCCUUCGAGAUCCGGCUCUGCUCCUCCUAUCAACCGCGACCCGUACGGAAACCCUAUGCCUGGACCUGAUGGUUAUGGUCCUAGGAGAGGACCUUCGCAAGAACGUAUGAGAGGCAGGGGUGGAAUGCCCCCUGGAGCACCUAGGGGACGUGGAGGACCUUACGGCGGUAGGGGUGGAUAUAACAACGGUUAUGGUGGUCCGUCCCCAGGAAGAGGCGGCUACGGUCCUCCAGGUCGCGGAGGAUACGGCCCCCCACCUGGUGGCAGAGGCGGAUACGGACCUCCUCCUCGUGGCGGUUACGGCCCAGCUGGUAUGAGAGGUGGAAGACCACCUCCGCCAGGCUACCAGAAUGGCCCUCCGGGACCUUAUGAUCGUAGACCAAGCCCGGCAAACGGCUACGGCCCCCCUGCCGCCGGUCCCUAUGGACGCCGCGGCUCGGACUCGACACCAGGUUACUCCAGUACAAACAACAGCACAAACCCGUCUCUCCCAAGCAUCCCACAGCAAGGGUACGAGGCCUAUAACCCAGACAGGAACAGUCUGCCAAGGGCUGAAUCCCCUCCGCCCCUCCCUGGUGACGUGCCACCUCCACCGGUGGGCCAAGCCGUCGAGAUGGACGCGGCAACGGGAAGCCCUGCUCACCCGCCUCAAGGCUUCGGUCAGUUCAGAGACAGUGAUGCUGAUAUUGCCGGCAUGGUUGGACUGCAACAAAAUAGCAACAGAUCUAACCCGCAGAGACAUGACACCUACAUGAGCGAGGGCAGCAGGUACAGCACUGAUGAACAAUAUGUUCCACCCCGCGCGGCCUGGAACCAGAACCAGGCCCCAUCACGAGGAGCCUCUCCGCUCCAGCGCGUUGAGAUGCCCGGACGAAGCUCGCCUGCGCGAGGCUCACCAGGCGACUACUAUGAGGAUGUUGAUCCCCGCUUCGCGGAAGCAGCACCGCAAGGCCCAGCAGGGUCCAGAGCAGGCCCUCCACCUGCUCUUCAGUCCUGGCGCGGAGUCUGA